GUUGAAGAAGACGGAAAUGUCUGCUGUGACUGCGUCGCUCUGCUCGACUUUGCUGUUUGUCGGCCUCUUCGUGUUUGUCUCUGCAGACCCAGAAACCAUCACAGCUGAGCCUGGACAAAACGUAACUCUGACAUGUCAAGCACCAAACAACAACAUCACAGUUGUAAAAUGGAGCAGAGCUGACCUGGGAGAACAAUGUGUCCUUCUGUACCGGGAUGAGCAGUUGGAUCCAGAGCACCAGCAUCCAUCUUUUAAGAACCGGGUGGAUCUGCAGGACAGAGAGAUGAAGAAUGGAAACGUGUCUUUGAUUCUGAACAAUGUGACGACUGCUGAUAAUGGGACAUACGAGUGUCAUGUCCAGAAAUACGGAGACAGUUUGAAGCUCAUCAGCAACAUCACCCUGAGUGUAGUUGAUCCUCCAGGUCAGACAGCAGGAGACACAGGGAAGAAGAGUGGUGGACUGAUAGUUGGUCUGAUAGUUUUUGUUUUUGUUGUCAUUGCUGUUGUUAUUGUUGUUGUUGUGAACUGCAGAGAACGUAAAUAACAGAGUCAGGAUUCACAUUGUUCCAAUGCAGAACCAAAGACUGAAAUGUCUGAAGUCUGAAUCUUCUGCUGCUGAACACAAAGACAAAUGAUCUGAAAACAGACACCAACUCUUCAGAAGGAUCCACAAUUUCACUCUAAUAUUUGACAAUGAACCGUUUCAUCAUCAUCCUCUGCAGAAAACAGCAUAAUUGCUUGAUAAUGUCUGACAGCAGUUUGAAGAGGAAAUGGAUUCUGUUCUGUUCUUCACUCAUUGACGGUCUGUUAGUUCCUGUUGUGCUGUUUAUUGUGGCUGUUUUGAUCUACUGAAAAUGCAAGAAGGUUCCAAAGCAUGUAGCUGAACUGUGAGUCUUGUUAUGCUUUUCUAAAUUCAGUGUAGGGCUGCACAAUUUUGAAACUGUGACCCUUUUCUCUCAUGAAGGAAACUCUUGAGUCUGUUACUGCAGUUUUAGCAUUUCAAGU